AUGUUUAACGGAAUUUACGGUGUUUCUCUAUUAAUUUUUUUCGGUUAUUUUUUAUAUGGAUCCCCUGAAUCAUCAUUCGAUGGAAGAUUUUUAUCCGAAAAGGAAUACGAAUGUUUUUCACAAGAAAAAAUCUACCACAAACAAACAGAUAAAUGUUAUAAAUUGUUAACCACCGGUCCUUGUAGAAGAGGUCAGUGGUUUGUUUUGGAAAAACCCAAACAACCACUUGGUGAGACUACCAUUUUAAAUGGUACUACCAUCAUCAAAGCUAAAUGUGCAAGGAAUGUUGAGAAAUAUCAUUAUGAAAUAUAUUCUAAAUAA